AUGUCAGACCUUGACCGGCAGAUAGAGCAGCUGAAGAGGUGCGAGCCGCUCGAGGAGUCUGAAGUAAAGAGCCUGUGCCUCAAGGCCAUGGAGAUCCUCGUGGAGGAGGGCAAUGUUCAGCGCGUCGAUGCCCCUGUCACUAUUUGUGGGGACAUACACGGGCAGUUUUAUGACAUGAAAGAGCUGUUUAAAGUAGGUGGCGACUGCCCAAAGACUAAUUACUUAUUUCUUGGAGAUUUUGUUGAUAGAGGAUUUUAUUCUGUCGAGACAUUCCUGCUUCUACUUGCGUUGAAGGUAAGAUAUCCUGAUAGGAUAACCCUCAUCAGGGGAAACCAUGAGAGCCGACAGAUAACACAGGUGUAUGGUUUCUAUGACGAGUGCCUACGGAAAUAUGGUUCUAUCAAUGUUUGGAGAUACUGCACUGACGUUUUUGAUUACAUGAGUCUGUCAGCGCUCAUCGAGAACAGGAUAUUCUGUGUUCAUGGCGGUUUGUCUCCUGCAAUUUCUACAUUAGACCAGAUUCGGACAAUUGAUCGAAAGCAAGAAGUUCCUCAUGAUGGUGCCAUGUGUGAUCUCCUAUGGUCGGAUCCAGAGGACAUUAUGGAUGGUUGGGGACUGAGUCCACGUGGUGCUGGAUUCUUAUUUGGUGGCAGUGUCGUCACUACUUUUAAUCACACUAAUAAGAUUGACUACAUAUGCCGUGCCCAUCAGUUGGUAAUGGAUGGCUAUAAAUGGAUGUUUAAGGACCAGAUAGUUACGGUUUGGUCAGCCCCAAAUUACUGUUACAGAUGUGGAAACAUAGCUGCGAUUCUCGAGCUAAAUGAAAACCUUGAAAAGGAGUUCCGUGUAUUUCAAGCGGCUCCACAGGAGUCAAGAGGACCGCCGGCCAGAAAGCCAGCUCCAGAUUACUUCUUGUAG